AUGAGCAACCAAGAGAACAAGCGGGGUAACCCCCCCAAACCCCAAUCCAAAACCUCAACCUCAAACCCCUCCGAAACCCCCGCCCCCUCGCUAGCAUCCCGCAUCCAAACCUCCGCAACAGGCUUAGCAAAAAGCGCCUUCACCCCAAGCUCCGACAUAGCCAAUACCCUAGCAUCAACGACAAACGGCAAAGCCGGUCCAUCCUCCCUCCCAAAUACACAGACAAGCAGGGAUCUAUCCGCAACCACACAUGGAACUGGAACUCCCUCUGCAUCUACAUCUACAUCUACAGCGCAAUUCCGUGAACACGAUACAUCAAAUGGACUCGCCCUACCUCCCUUGGCAGAAGACGAAUUCCAGAAUGGGAAUUCAUAUGGAUAUGACGGGAUAGAGACAACUACAGCCACCAAUACAACUACAACAUAUCAACCCGAACACCCCCACGAAGACCUCCAAACCCCCUCCUCAACAUGGAAAGGCAAAGCACGCGCCCACGACCCAACCCAACACCAACUCGAAACCGUCUGGCAGCGCCAAUGGCAGGACACUCAGACAAAAGAACAUGAACAUACCCAAACCACAGACGGCGCAGCCGUAGUCUCCCUCCUAAGCGACGCAACCUUCGACCCCAAUUUCGAAGACCCGACCACAGUCCCAGAUACCGAGAUUGAUAUCGCGGCUAUGCCUCACCCGCUUUCAGCGAGCGAGAAAGAAGCUCUUGAUUCUUUCCGGAAGGGGAUGGGUGUGGAGGAGGAAAGAGAGGGACGGCUAACGGGACGUAGUCUCGUUCCUGAUAUUGAUGUUUUCUUGAGUCAGGGGCUUGGGAGUUGGGAGGGGAAUACAGUUACGGGUUCUACUUCCCUCCGCGAUGAGGUUUUGACGAAUCUCCCUGGUGCGGGGGAUUGGGUUGGUGUUCAGGAGAGGUAUCAUGAUGAGGUUUGGGGGUUUUUGCAGCCUGUGCUUGAGGAGGCGAGGGUUGAGAUUGAGGGGAGGGAAGAAGGAGGGGGUGGGGAGGAUGGGCCUGCUGUUAGGAGGUUGAAGAUGAUUUUGAUGCACAUGAAGGGGUGA